AUGUCAUCUCCGCAGGUGCUGCGGAUCGCCAAAAAGAAUGGACCUGGUCACCUGCUCGUGCACAUCACGCCAGAGGAAAACCCAUUCGACCUUAGGCUAGURGGCACCGAUACCAGCGAUUUGUUCGAAUCUUCGAUCAAAGACUCUGAAACCAACAAGCUCCAGGCCAGCCAUUUUCCAGGCACCUCCACUGAAUGGCGGGACAUACUGGCUUUUGUUCUCCUUCAUGAGCGGCCUGAUGGACCCUCACCGGCACAUCUCGAGGGUGUUGGCAUUGUGGCGGAGAUCGUCGAGAGCACGUUCAUCAUCACCAUCAGGAAGAUUGUCGGCGCUAUUACUCAGACCCUUGGCCGGGUCGAGUUGCAGAAGAGCGAUGCAGAAGCCGAACUCUUCGAUUGGAUUGAUGCUGCUGCUACGUCUUCGGAUCUACUUCGCUUGCAAUUACAGUCGUAUCAAACAUCGUCGACCGAGCAACAGAACCAAAUUGCCAGACUCACAGCCGAGUUGGAACAGCUAAGCAAAGCAAAGCGUGAUCACGAAAAGGACCUGUUGUCCAAGUGUGCGGCUCUACUCAACGAGAAGAAGCUCAAAAUCAGAGAUCAACAGCGCCUUCUUUCACAUGCCAAAGUCGACCCAGGUGUUGCUGAAGACGUACGAAGUGAAAGGUCAAAGGACCAGAAGCCUCGCAGGGCAGGUGCAUCUCAAAGUAAACGCAAGGCGAUUGACGAAGACAGCGACCAUGCUGUGACCGAAGAGGAAGCAGAGAUUCCCGCGGCUUCGGAUCAGGAGACUGCAGACGAGGGAGAGGAUGAUGCAGACGAUGAUGAAGGCGGCUUCGCUCCAGCAUCUAUUCGGAGGUCGCAGGCACCGCAGUCUCAGUCACAGCCAUCCCAGCGCGUAAAUACUGAUGAGGCGCUUCCACCGCCACGCCAACUUCCAUUCAAUAAGCCCAGGGUUGGCGAGCCAGCUCCUCCAGCAAGCAGCUCUAUUCGGCAGCCUGCGGUGGACAAAGACGAUGACACUGAAGACGAUGAACUGUAA